AUGUCGAAAAGAAGUGAUCCAAAGCAUAAAGAAGCAACGAAAUUUGGAGCUAGUUCUGCACUUGGGCAGUCUACUCUAGAUUUUUCGACCCCUCGCAUCAAGAAGAAAAAGAAGAAGGUUAAGUUGACGGAGAAGUUGGUCUCCGGAGAGAACAUGGAUAAGCUCGUCCACCGCCGUGGCGUAGCCAAAGGUAAGGUUACUCGUAUCCUCCAUACUAUAUGCCCCGAUGAACAGGAAGUGGCUCAGCUGACAGAAGCUGAGGUUAAGGUGUAUCUGCGGAAAUUAGAAGCAGCUCAAAAGGAUUACAACGAUGUUCACGAGCGAAUAAUGGAACUAACGGCGGUCGAGGACUACGAACAACAUGACCAGCAGUAUGAAGAGUUCGACAUCCUGUACGAUAAUGUUUCUAUUAUGUUGGAGGAACAGCUCACCAGGAUCAACGCAACCGCGGCGGCUGCUGCUGCUACCACAGAGCUCACAAGGAAUGGCAAUAACCAGCAAGCACCAGUUGUAAUUCACCAACCGCUUCGCAUGCCGAUUCCCACAUUCGAUGGUCGGUACGAAAGCUGGCCAAAAUUCAAGGCCAUGUUCAAGGACCUCGUGGACAGAGGUCCAGAUCCACCAGCUGUCAAGCUAUACCAUCUGGAGAAAGCUCUGGUCGGUAGUGCAGCUGGUCUUAUUGAUGCAAAAACAAUCAAUGAGGGCAGCUAUGCCCAUGCGUGGCAAAUCCUGGAAGAGCGGUACGAGAACAAGCGUCAUGCCAUAGAUUCCCACAUUCACGGUCUGCUGAAUCUUAAGCGCAUGACUAAGAAGAGUCAUUUGGAGCUACGCAAUCUGGUGGAUGAAUGCAGCAAACAUGUCGAAGGGCUGAAAUUUCUUGAACGACAGUUCGAAGGUGUUGGAGAGGAUUUCGUGAUUCAGCUUUUGGCCGCAGCGUUGCACUCUGACGUUCGUCAUCUGUGGGAGUCAUCGGUUAAUCAUGGAGAGCUCUCCGAAUACAAAAAAAUGCUGACGUUCCUGAAGGAACAGACUUUCAUACUGGAGAGAAUUGAAAUCAGCUACCAGAAGGCUACAAUUCCCGUUAAAUCUGCUUAUGCACCUAGCAAACCGCCGGGUCAAAAGGUACAUGCAACGGUUUCGUCGAGCGAGACGGAAAUAAAGUGCGAUUUCUGCGGUAAGGUACACGCAAAUCAUAACUGCGCUGAUUUCAAAUCUCUACCGGUUCCGCAAAGAUUGGUGAAAGUACGUGAGAGAAACGUUUGCUUCAACUGCCUAAGAAGAGGCCAUCGUAGUAUCGACUGUUCGUCGGACAAAUCGUGCCAGAAGUGCAAGCGUCGGCACCAUAGCCUGUUGCACGCAGAGGACAAACCUAAGGUGGCUCCGGAACCACCUGUAAUAGAGCAAGAGAAUGCACCAUCAGCAACGGUUCCGACAGUAGCAACAUGCAACAACUUGGCUACUCAUUCGCAGCAAGUGCUGUUGCUCACGGCGGUAGUGGAUGUUUUUGAUAAAAACUACAAGCCCCACCCGUGUAGAAUAUUAUUGGACAGUGGUUCCCAAGUAAAUUUAAUUUCACGUUCAGCGGCUGAUCUGCUGGGAUUGAUGCUGAAUGCUUCAAAGGUCACGUUGUUCGGAGUCAAUGGCGCGAAAAUAGAAUCCGCUAGUGAUUGUGUGGUGCAUCUGUCUUCAAGGUACGCUGAUUUCCACGCAAAAAUCAAAUGCCUUGUCACCGACAAGGUCACUGCAGAUCUCCCUACGUCGGCUAUGAACAGUGCAUUAGAGAUUCCCGUUGGUGUUCAAUUGGCUGACCCGAAGUUCUUGCAUCCUAGCAAAGUGGAUAUGCUCUUGGGUAACGAAUGGUUCCUGAAGUUGUUGCUACCUGGUGAGAUUAUGUUGGCUGAGGGUCUACCCAUUUUGCGCGAGACCCAAUUUGGCUGGGUUGUUGGUGGCGUGUAUAAUGAUGGUGCGGCAUCAGAUGGAGCAGUUCACUCGCAUACAAUCACGAUGGACGAUUUAAGCCAGUCCAUUCAACGAUUUUGGGAAGUCGAAGAUGUUGCUAGUGCUGAUAAAUCGUGCAAUGAUGAGGAUGAGUGUGAAGAGCAUUUUAAGGUUACCCAUCGUAGAGAUGCGUCCGGGCGAUACAUAGUCCAGCUGCCUCUGAAGGAGUCCGUCAGCGAGCUGGGAGAUUCUAGGUCGAUGGCAUUAAAAAGGUUCCAUGGAUUGGAACGAAAAUUGUUACGGUAUCCGGACUUGAUGAAGCAGUACCAGGAAUUUAUGGUCGAGUACGAGAGUCUUGGCCACUGUGAAGAAGUUGAUGUAAACAAGGAUCCAGUAGACACCAUUAAGUGGUACUUACCACAUCAUGCUGUUCUGCGACCUUCAAAUACCACUACUAAGUGUCGUGUAGUGUUCGAUGCGUCCGCUAAGGUAUCUGGUCGAUCGCUCAACGACGUAAUGAAGAUUGGUGCUAUCAUCCAGAGCGAUUUACAGUCCAUCUCACUUCGAUUCCGUAUUCCGCUUCAUGUGUUGGCUACUGAUGUGGCCAAAAUGUAUAGGCAAGUCUUAGUCGAUCGGCGGCAUACGCCGCUAUCUCGUAUAUUCUGGAGGAAAAAUCCUUCCGAUCCCCUUCGCGUCCUAGAGCUGACAACUGUCACCUACGGCACGGCUUCUGCCCCGUUUUUAGCAACGCGGGCACUCUUGCAGCUGGCUAUCGACGAAAGCUCCAAGUACCCGCUAGCUGCAGAUAUAGUGAAGAACAGUUUUUAUGUCGAUAACGCGUUGUUCGGAUUCAACAAGUUGGAUGAAGCAAGUGAAGCUCAGGUGCAGUUGAUUCAUCUCCUUCAGGCUGGUGGAUUUCAUUUGCACAAAUGGGCAUCAAACAAUCCGGUACUGCUGGAGCGUAUUCCGGAAAAGGACCGGGACGAACUGGUCAGUAUUGAUGAAAGCGGAACAAGUGAGGUAAUCAAAACAUUAGGGCUAAUGUGGAACCCCGAUUUGGACGUUCUCCAGUACAUCUCCCUUCCAGUAGUGAGUGAAAGGGACGUAACCAAGCGACAAGCGCUCUCACUGGUAUCGAGAAUGUUUGAUCCGUUGGGACUUGUGGCACCAGUUAUCGUUGUCGGCAAACUUCUAAUGAAGAAUAUCUGGAAAGAAGAAGUGGAAUGGGAUGAAGAGCUCACGGGUGAUUUGAGGAAGAAAUUUGAUUAUUUUCUUAGUGCAUUGUGUGGUAUUACACGCCUUCGCAUCCCUCGUCAUGUGAUGGUGACUGGAGCUGCUGCUUUCGAGCUUCAUGGAUUUGGUGACGCAAGUAUGGAGGCAUACGGGGCUUGCGUGUAUAUCAGGUCAAUCGUGUCUGGUCAAGCUACGGUAGUACGGUUGCUGUGUGCCAAGUCGAAGAUUAUUCCGAAGACAGUGUUGACCAUUCCAAGAAAGGAGCUUCUAGCUGCGCUUUUGCUGCACAGAUUGGUGAGAGCAGUGAUUUCAGCAUUAGAACUGUCUUUUCGUGACAUUACACUAUGGUCGGAUAGUCAAGUGGUGCUAGCAUGGCUAGCUAAGAAUCCGGACCAUUUAGAAGUGUUUGUACGCAAUCGAAUUAGUGAAAUUACUGCGACAGGAAUGAAAUUCAAAUGGAAAUAUGUUCAUACGCUGGAUAAUCCGGCCGAUGUAGUGUCACGCGGUCAAACUGCUGAUGGUCUUGAGAACAACGACCUUUGGUGGAAUGGACCGUUGUUCCUGCGCAAUGAAGAAUAUCAGGUGGUUGAUCCAGAACCGCUGUCCGAUGACGAUGUACCUGAGUUGCGGCGAUCCACUAUUGUUUCUACGACAAUGAAAUCGGAGCCGUUACCGAUUUUCCAGAAGUUCGAGUCCUUCAGGAAGCUCCAGCGAAUCCUUGCCUACGUCUUACGAUUUUGCUGGAACGCGAAGGAAAAGGUGAAGAAGAAGCGAAUCAUACAGCGGUUCCCAACUGUGUUUGAAAUGCGCCACUCCUUGAAGGUGAUUGUACGGGUGGUUCAAUUGCAACAUUUUAGUAAGGAAGCAGCCAUCAUUGAGUCCAGUGAGUACUGCAAGAGAUUUUCUAUGUUGAACCCUUUUAUGGACGAUGGAAUGAUUCGUGUCGGCGGGCGUCUUCGGCAUUCAAAUCUGCCGUAUGGCGUGAAGCAUCAGUGGGUCUUACCAAAGGAUGAUGUGAUUGUGAAACGAUUAAUUGAAGCUGUACAUCGUGAGAACCUACACAUUGGACCGUCGGCUCUUCUAGCCCAGCUUCGUCGUCACUUUUUGAUUUUGGGAGCUCGCUCUGCUGUACGUAAGGUGACAAGAAAUUGCGUGCGGUGUUUCAAAUUAAAACCUCCGUGUGCAAGCCAAUUCAUGGGGGACCUGCCGUUAGCAAGAUGCGACAAAGCUCCCGCUUUCACCAAGGUGGGCGUCGACUUUGCAAGUCCUAUGUUAAUUAAGCAGACUGGUAGAAAGGUAGCACCUGUAAAAGGAUAUGUGAGCGUAUUUGUGUGUUUGGUUACUAAGGGAAUUCACCUGGAGCUGGUUGAAGACCUGUCUGCUGAUGCAUUUAUUGCCGCAUUGUUGCGAUUUGUCUCUCGUCGUGGCGUCCCUGAGCAAAUAUUUUCCGAUAACGGGACAAACUUUAUCGGAGCCCGCAACGACUUGAUCGAACUGCACCGCCUUUUCAAGGAUCGAACCACCAAUUUGAAGUUAGAAGAAUUCUGUCAAUCCCGACAGAUUGAAUGGAAAAUGAUUCCUCCAAAUGCACCACACAUGGGAGGAAUUUGGGAGGCAGGGGUUAAAAGCAUGAAGGCAAUCUUGAAAAGAAAUUUGAAUUCAUGCCUACUUACAAUGUCUGAAUUUUCGACAUUACUCUGCCAGAUUGAGGCUCAGCUCAAUUCUCGGCCAUUAUAUGCGGCCUCCGACGACCCAUCAGAGCUUGAACCCUUGACUCCGGGACAUUUCAUGAUCGACAGACCUUUAGUUGCUAUUCCGGAGCCAAGCUACGACGGAAUUCCUGUCAAUCGGCUUUCCAGGUGGCAGUAUGUCCAGCAUUUGCGUGAGGAGUUCUGGAAACGCUGGUCUCUAGAAUAUCUGCAGGAGAUGCAGAUACGACAAAAAUGGGACAAGAGAAAGGAGAACAUUAAAGCUGGAAUGGUGGUAAUCAUUCGAGACGACAACUUACCACCGCAGCAUUGGAAACUAGGAAGAGUAGAAAAAACUUACUCAGGAUCGGAUGGAUUGAUCCGUGUUGUCGAUGUCCGAACCAGGGUCGGUAUCUUGAAGCGCCCAAUUCACAAGCUGGCUCCUUUACCGAUAUUGGACAACCAGCUUCUCGCGGGGGAGGAUGUUCGGGCCGUUUAA